AUGAACAAGACCAAGCCAGACAAGCGCAACAAGGCGCCCAGGAAGGCUGGAUGCUGCGCCUUCAUCCACGCCUUCCUGCGGCUGUUCACACGCAAGAAGCGUGGCCAGGAAAAGCCUGCUAUGGUACACACUUCCCUGGAAGAGGCUCUGCCUGUGCUGACUCAUCUCGGAGAGUCUGCGCUGCACCACACUGUUAAGGAAGAACAUGUAAUGGAAGAACAUCUUAAAGAAGAACAUCUUAUGGAAGAACAUCUUCAAGAAAAACAUCUUAUGGAAGAACAUCUUGAAGAAAAACAUCUUAAAGAAGAACAUCUUAAGGAAGAAACUGUUAUGAAAAAACAUCUUAAGGAAGAACAUCUUAAGGAAAAAACUGUUAUGGAAGAACAUCUUAAGGAAGAACAGCUUAAGGAAGAACAGCUUAAGGAAGAAACUGUUAUGGAAGAACAUCUUAAGGAAGAAACUAUUAUGGAAGAAACUGUUAUGGAAGAACAUGUUAAAGAGGAACAUUUUAAGCAAGAACAUGUUAAGCAAAAACACGUUAUGGAAAAAUUUAUGGUGCAAGAAUCUACUGCUAAAGAAGAAACUAUUGUGAAGGAAUCUGUUAUGCAGGGACCUGAUGUAGAACAUCUCAUGAAAGAACAUGAGGUCAAAGAACAUCUACUCGAAGAACAAGAGGUCGAACAACAUCUGAUGAAGAACAAAAGGUCAAAGAUCAUAUGA